CGCCUGCGCGCCGCUCAUUUGGUCGACGGCGCUUGAAGCGAGCGCUUGGUCUACGUCGCGAUUUUAGCCGCAAGCGCGAUUUAAACCGCCACCGUUAACUGUAACAAAAAGCAAUAACAACAACGACUACUGAGUGCUAACAGGCACUACCUUGCCACCUCACCUUGCCACCACCACCUUGCUCCCCCCUACCACCCCGAAUCGCGUAAGCAAUCCUUUUUGACUAAAAACCGAAAGAUGGCUUUAAGAAAAAGGAGCUGCAGGAGCAGCCAGGCCUCAGAUACUUUACAUCCGGCGGAUAACACAAAACCUUUAGAUACUACUAGCCGGACUAGCAGAGGAUUACAAGCGAGCCAUUGGCUGAUUUGCAUUUUCCUGGCAAUGAUGGUUUUGGCCCAGACUUCGAUGGUUUCGGCCAAGCCACCGGAUCAGGAAGCACACGUCCAACAUAAUGUUGAGUUCCCGGAGGAGGACAGUGACAUGCUGAUGGAGCCGAAUGACUUUUCGCCAAUAACAGUGCUGCGCUCCCACGAGCAGCACUUCCACAUGCCACCGACUACGCAGCUGCAGCCCCAGACUCACCAGCAUCAGCAGGCCGCGAUCCUGCCGAGGGCCCAGCCCAGGCAGUUCCAGUCCCCCAGCCAGCAGCAGGAUCCCGAGGAGGAGCAGUUCCGGCCCAUCGCCAAUCCGAACGCCAAGCUCCUGGCCAGAUCCUCCGACGCCGACUCGCACUCCCAGGCGGCCCAGAACUUCUAUCCGCCCUUCUACCACGAGGCCCCACCACUGGGCCACUCUCGUCCUUACUUCGGCCAUGGUCCUGUCUCGGAGAGCACUCCCCUCUCCCUGCCCCUGCCGCUCCUGGGUCCUCAGCAGCCAUCGAUCCCGCAGCAGCAGCAAGCCCAGCAGGCGCAUCAGCAACAGCAGCAGCAACGGAACUUCGAUGCCAGUAUCUUGGGUAGCGGAGACUUUGGGGUGCUGCGCGGCGGCACCUUCUAUCCGGAGGAGGAGAUGCCCUACCAUCCGGAGGACAACAGCGACUACAUCUACGGUGACGCAAACAACGGGCACGGUCGUCCCUCCGAGGGAUUCAUCCAGAAGUACACGUAUCCUGAGGAGCAGUUCGCCAACUUCAGGGACUUUGCGGACAUAAACACGCCGGCCGACUCGGCCUUCUCGCAGUUCGUGGUGGUCUAUGCGGCGAAGAACGCGACAGCACCGCACUCCCAUCCACAUCCGAAGAACAUCUUCGAGCAGCUGGAGCUACUGGACAGGGAGAAGGAGAAGGAGCAGGAGCUGGCCAAGAGCAAGGCCAGCUCGAAGGCCAAGACCAAGCUGGCGAAGACGAAGCUGCAGAAGAAGUACAGAAAGAAGGUGGCGGCCAAGAAGACGCUCCAGGAUCCCCUGGAACUGGAGCCCCUUCUGGCUCUCAGCUAAAUUCAAAGGACUCGCUUCCGACUUUUCAAUCGUUUUCCAACUGUUAGAUUUUAUUUAUUUUAUUUCGAGAUGAAUGCAAGCUACCACAAAGCAAAAAAAAGAAAGAGAGUUCUGUUUUCUUUUAGUUCACCCCCACAAGUCUUUCUUCCAAAUCUUUCUUCACUUUCUUCCCACAAAAUAUUCGUAAUUCAUUCAUUAAUCCAAGAGUGUGUGUUUUUUUUUUUUUUGUUCUGUCUGCUUCUUGUCUCGCAUCGAUUGUUAAUACUUAAAAUUAGCCAGUAGUCUACUCGAUAUAUACUCUAUAGGUGUCCCGACAUCGGAUGAAUAGUAUAUAUACCAUGGCGUGCUCUGUAUGCCUCUAUACGCGUAUCUAAUGUAAUUAUUUUUUGUCUAAUUGAGCAUAAUUUUAUGCUCAAUGUGUGUGUACAUAAAACGAGAAAUGUUAAAUGUAAUUUUAAACCUAAAUAAAAACGAAAUAAAAACAA